UUUUAGUCCUAUUUUGGGAACUUUCCCUUACAUUAUACAUUAUACAUACAUGAUAUUCCAAUGUUCCAAACUUAAAAUAUCAUAUAAAUAUACAUGCGCAAACAUCAAAUUUAAACAUAAAAAAAAAUGGCUGGAUGUCUUUGGAAAUGCGUCUGCAGAAUCUUUAGAGGGAGCUCCUAAUGAUCACCUUGCUCUAUUUAUUAAGUUAGUUCCAACUCCUAGAGUGAAUCAAAGGCAAAAAUUCAAAUUCGAAAAUGUAUGGCUGAGAGAGGAUGAUUGCCGCGACAUUGUGGCGAGAAGUUGGGGUUUAGGCCGAGAUGGUGGCAUCCUGAGACAAGUGACAGUUUGCGGUAAAGCAGUAGGGGAUUGGGGUCGAGAUCGGAUUGGCUCCUUCGACAAACACAUUGGAUUCUGUAAAAAAAGAUUGGAUUUUUUACGAAGAAGAUCAGAUGAUUGGGGGUUAAUCGAGUUCCAAAGGGUGAGGAGGGAGUACUUGGACCUUCUGGAGAAAGAAAAUCAGUUCUGGAGACAACGAGCGAAGGAAUUCUGGCUCUAGGGAAGCGACCUUAAUACUCAUUUUAUUCAUAACUCGGUCAAACAUCCGAGGAGGAAAAAUAGGAUCGAAGGAUUUAAAGUAGAUGGAGGGAGAUGGGAAAGGGAUCGUGGUGUCAUUGGGCAAAUGAUUGGUGAUUAUUUCACAAAUAUUUUUGCUUUGGUUCAAGGUGACAGAGAGUUUAUCUUUAAUUGUGUUCCAAGAAGUCUGGAUGAUCAUCAUAAUUUUGAGCUGUUACGACCCAUUAGGAGAGAGGAGGUUAAAGAUGCUCUUUUCUCUAUGUUUCCUGAUAAAUCUCCUGGCCCGGAUGGUAUGAGUCCAUGUUUUUCCCAACAUUAUUGGGAUAUUGUGGGCCCGAAUGCGGUCAAUUAUUGCAAAACAGACAAAUAUAGUGCUUAUUCCGAAGAAAGAGCAUCCUGAGUCUCUCGGGGACUGGAGACCCACCGCCCUUUGUAAUGUGAUCUACAAGAUUUUCUCCAAAAUUCUUGCUAAUAGAAUGAAGAGGCUUCUUUGCCUGUGCAUCUCAGAACAUCAAAGUGCGUUUAUUCCAGGUAGAUCCAUUAUAGAUAAUAUUAUUUUGGCGUUUGAAUCUCAACAUUUUUUGAAACGGAAGAGUUAGGGUAAGGUGGGUUUUGUCGAACUUAAAUUAGAUAUGAGCAAGACUUAUGACAGAGUUGAGUGGGCUUUUUUGGAAGGAAUGAUGAGACAAUUGGGCUUUGCUGAUAGGUGGGUGCGGUUAAUAAUGGAGUGUGUCACUUCUGUGUCCUAUUCUAUCCCGUUUGAUAAUUCUGAGAUUGUUCCUAUUUUUCCCACGCGGGGUUUGUGCCAAGGAGACCCAUUGUCACCUUAUCUCUUUAUCUUGGUUGCGGAAGGGCUGAGUGUUCUUCUACAAAGAUAUGAGGCAGCAAGUUGGUUGCACGGGGUUGCAGUGGCUCGCCCCCCCCAAGAAUCUCACAUCUUUUCUUUGCGGAUGAUAUUCUCCUCUUUUUCAAGGCCACUCAUUCUGAGGCGACGAUUGUUAAAGAGGCUCUCCAUGAUUAUGAAGUUGCAUCGGGUCAGGUUUGCACUGGCUGUCUUCCGACUACAGAGAAUCUGCAACAAAGAAGAGUUGAUGUUCCGAUGGGCUGUGGCCUUUGCGGUGAGGGAGAUGAAUCUCUGUUGAACCUUUUUUAUAUCAUGCAGGGUAGCGAGUGAAGCAUGGAAGAUGGCGAAUUGGAGCUGGUCUGGUCCUGUUACAUGUUCUUUCCUUGAUCAAGUGCAGCAGGAGUUCACAGUCAGGCGGAAUGCGGAGUUGACGAAGCUGGUGUGGGGAUGUUGGGGGAUAUGGAGCGAGAGAAACCAAAGAAUUUGGAAGGGAGUGAUAGAGUUGUAUUUUUAUUAUGUAUCAUUUCUAUUUUAACUAGUUUUAUUUGUUGUUGUUUGGAAAAUUACACACUUUUGGUGUAAUUAGUUUAUUUUCCUAUAUAAAUGUAAUUUGUUUAGAUUAGGAUUAUUCUGAGCUUAAAACAGGUCAAGAUCAUCCAAAGGAUCAAGAUUGGACCCCAAAAGAUCAAGGAAGGUGCAAGGGGACAAGAUAAAAAGAAGAUUGAGAAAAUAUUUCAUAUACCCGGUCGGGUAUAGGCAAUACCCGAUCGGGUAUUGAGUUGAUUCGGGUGUCAAAAUCAGAAUCUGGAGAGACAAAAAAACGUGCAGGAUUUUGAAGAUUUGGCUCAUACCCGACCGGGUAUGUCUAGAAAAGUGAUUUUCCGGGAAACUGCCUAAAAUACCCGAUCGGGUACCCUAUAUACCCGAUCCGGCCGAUCGGGUACACAACCCUGCCACCUCCAAACACCUAUAAAUACACCCCUUUUCCUUCACAAAAAAAUCAUCCCUUCUUCCAUAUACUUAAGCUCAUUUUAGAAUAGUUAUUUCUUAUAUUUUUAUAGCAUGUUUAGUCUCCAAAUGAGGAGCUAAACUUCCAUUUCUUGGUUUUGCUCUUGAAGCUUGUUGAUUAUUAAAGUUGUGAGUUAUUUUCUU